CAAAUUGCAUUAUAUUUUCUUCUCCUUCCUUUUUCUGUUUAUUUGAUGAUCACCUCUCCACUCAAACACCUCGCCGCACCGGAGAAUUCCCGCCGCCGAAUAUUCCGAUGACUUCGAGGCAACAGCUCCUCGACUCCCUCACCGCCCAUAUCUCCCUCUACCACUCCCAAAUCCCCAGGGGAAACCCGAACCCGGCUCCGGGUCCGAACACCCGACCCGCCGUGCUCCGAUGGUUCUCCUCCCUCUCGGUGCACCACCGCCGCGCGCACCUCACAACCGUCCACCCGAGCGUCACCGCAAUCAUCAUCCAGAUGAAGGAGAAGCUCCAAUCGCAGGGCUACGGCCGCUUCAUCAUCCUCCCCGACCUCCCGCAGAAUGACGAUUCUGCCCUCCCCACCCUCUGCUACCGGAAAUCCGACGGGCUGCUGUCGCGAUUCGCCGAGUUUGAUCCCGCCCGACGCGCAAUUCGCGAGUCGGUGGAGCUGUUCAGCUCGACGGAAGGCGAGGGCGGCGAUUCGAAAGGGGAUGGAUUCCCCCGCCUUGACGCGGCGUGUGUUUCCGAGGGUUUAGUUGAGGAUGUGAGUAGGUUUGUUGGAAUUAUGGACGAAGUUACCAAUGGGGAGUUUUUGAGGGGAGGAGAGGAGGCGGAGAUGGCGGGGGAGUGGGCGGAGAUGGGGUGGUUGAAAGCGAAGGGGUAUUAUAGUUUAGAGGAGUUUGUUGUGAAUAGAAUGGAGGUUGCUUUGAGGUUGGCCUGGUUGAAUAGUAACAGUGGGAAGAAAAGAGGGGUAAAAUUGAAGGAAAGGAUGAAUGCUGCUGGUGUGGCAGCGAAUUUGUUUUGGAGGAAGAAAGGCUGUGUCGAUUGGUGGGACAAAUUGGAUGAUUCUGUGAAGAAGAAGGUCUAUUUUGCUUACUUGGGAAAAGCUGCGCGCUCGCUGACAGCUGAUAUAGCAAAUGGCAAAAUUCCCUUCUUCGAUGAUAAAAUUUGGUCCUCUGGCGAUCACGAUAGAUUACCGAGACGUGAUUCGACCUCAUUCCAUAGACAAGAUAUUGCAAAAGUCGGAGGAGUAGGUUCAAAGAAGAAAUGGAAUGCCAACCCUGCACAAGUUUCUGGGAAUAUGUCUCCAUUGUAUUGUAUUUUCAAUAGUUUGUAUAUUCUUCAGGUUGUUUCCGCUCUGUCAUCUGCUGCACAGAAUGGUGGACAUGGUACUGAGAAACUUUUUUACAGCUCUCUGGACUGUGUAAAUAGCAUUGCUGACAUCAUACUGCGAAAAUUACGAGAGCUACUCAUGGUUAUCUCCCUAGAUUGCACAAAAAUUGAGUUACUAGGAGAGGGAAACAAGAACUCUCAUGCAAAGAAAUCAACCGAAAAACAUGUUGCAAAUAACCGUAAGAAAAAGGGGAAGAACCGCAAUAAAAAGUCAAAUCCCGUUCCAAGACCUUGUCAAGAUGAUUCGAAACCUAUUGAUCCUACUAAGGGUAAAGGGGAUGAAAUAGUGUGUAUCAGAGAUGAAGAUAUUAGACAAUCCAAUAAGUUCGAAUGUGAAGUUCGAAAAGAGGAUGUUGCGCAGGGGAAUCUCUUAUCAGCAGAUGUUAUGGAACCUGUUAAAGGAGUGAAUAAUGGAAAAUUACGAGGCGCUCCAAGGAAGAAUAGAAAAGAAAGGAAAAAACUUAAAAGCUCUGGCUCCAAUGGUUCUGAGGUUGGUUGUUGUCAAUCAAAAUUGACUGAAGUUGCCCCUGCCUCUGUUAGUUGUCAAGAGGCACCCUCCACUUCUGUUCGGACUUCUGGAUGUUCAACUUUUGCGAAUGUGUCAAAAAAUGCUGUUAGUCACUUUGACAGGCCUGAUGCAAAUCCAGAUAUUGGCAGUAAUUUAAGUACAGAUAACGCUGCACAAUAUACAGAAACUACUGUGGACGAGUCUUUGAAUUUUGGUGCCAAAGCCAUUGAGCCUGUGGUCGAAUAUAAUGACAAGUCGUGCACAAGAAUGAUUGGCUCUAGAAGUUAUGCAUCAAGUUGUAAAGGGAAACAAAUGAAAGGUGGCGAACCAGAGGUGAAAAAACCCUCUAUGGUUCAGGAGCAAGGAAGUCUUAGUUUCCUUAGAGUUGGGGCCACAAGUUCCCCGACACAUGUUUCUUAUGAAUGGCCCAACAUACGUCCCAAUCAUCCUUCAGUCCAUACACAUCGUCCUGCUGCUACUGAUAGAUUGCAUCUUGAUGUUGGUCACCAUUUGCAAAAUCAUUUCCACCAUUCUUUUUUACAAACUUUACAAGUAAGAAAUUCACCUAUUGACAUUAGUGCUUAUAAUGGAGUUAUAACUAGACCUUCGGCAAUGAGUUUAGAUUGGCCCCCUACGGUGCGUGGUGUUAAUAGACUAGUUCCAUCAGUUACUUGUAAUUAUGACUCUGAGUUCAUUUCAAGGCGCCAGUCUUCUUUUCAGCAAAGUGUCGCAGCUCAAAGUGUGCAGUGUGGCGCAGCCACUUCUGAGGAUGAAAGGACCAUUUCCAGUGAAAUGAUGGACUUUCACGAUGUCCCGAAUUCACAGGAACUAAUAGACGAUCAUGACAGAAGCUGGAUGUCGGAAGAAGAGUUAGAGACACAUGCAAUUAGUGGAGUGGAUUAUAACCAAUAUUUUGGUGGUGGCGUGAUGUAUUGGGAUUCAUCUGAUCAUCCAGGGACCAGUUUCUCUCGGCCUCCUUCUCUUUGUUCGGAUGAUAGCUCCUGGGCUUGGAGAGAAGCAGAUAUGAACCGAGCUGUUGAUGAUAUGGUUGCCUUCUCCUCUUCUUAUAGUACAAAUGGUUUAACCUCUCCAUCUACUGCUUCUUUUUGCUCUCCAUUCGAUCCUUUAGGCCCAGGGGCUCUUGGUUAUGUUAUCCCUGGAGGUGAAAUUAGUAGCAAGGUUCUGCAUUCUUCCUCAACGAUGGCUGAAGGUGGUACAGAGGAGAGUGUUUCUGGGUCUAUUUCCAAUAUUUCGGGUGAUGGAGAAAUGAAGACUGUGGAUUCACUUCCAUAUCCCAUUUUGAGACCAAUAAUCAUCCCGAGUAUGUCGAGGGAAAGAUCAAGAUCAGAGUUUAAGUAUAGUUAUGACCAUAAAAGCCCUUGUGUUCCUCUGAACAGACGAGAACAGCCUCGGAUUAAGCGGCCGCCUUCUCCUGUAGUCCUCUGUGUUCCACGUGCUCCUCGACCACCCCCUCCCUCUCCGGUUAGUGAUUCGAGAAAACAUAGGGGUUUUCCUACUGUUCGGUCCGGUAGCUCUAGCCCAAGGCAGUGGGGUGUCAAAGGUUGGCUCCAUGAUGGAGUCAACUUUGAAGAAGCUUGCAUGCCCAUAGAAGGGAGUGAAGUGGUUUGGCCUUCUUGGAGGAACAAAGGCCUUUCAGCCCGUCAGUUGACGCAGCCUUUAGCUGGAACAUUGCUUCAGGAUCGGCUUAUUGCAAUUUCCCAGUUAGCUCGUGAUCAAGAACAUCCAGAUGUUAUAUUUCCUCUACAACCCCCUGAAUCACAGAACUCUUCCACACGCAAGGCAUCUCUGUCACUGAUUCAUGAUAUUCUGCAUGAUGAAAUCAACUAUUUCUGCAAGCAGGUUGCUGCUGAGAACUUAAUCAGGAAGCCUUACAUUAAUUGGGCCGUUAAGCGUGUGGCACGGUCUCUACAAGUCUUAUGGCCUCGUUCUAGAACAAAUAUUUAUGGUUCAAAUGCAACUGGUUUAUCCCUGCCAUCUAGUGAUGUAGACCUUGUGGUUUGUCUUCCUCCUGUCAGGAAUUUGGAACCUAUUAAAGAAGCAGGGAUCUUAGAGGGACGCAACGGCAUUAAAGAAACUUGCCUUCAGCAUGCUGCUAGGUAUCUUGCAAAUCAGGAAUGGGUCAAAAGUGAUUCUCUCAAGAUUGUAGAAAACACUGCUAUACCUAUCAUAAUGCUUGUGGUGGAGGUUCCACAAGAUCUCGUCUCCACUCUGUCAAAUGUUCAUAUACCAAAGGAAGAAGCAAAUCUGGUAGCUUCUGAAGAAGGCAGCACUUUUCAGGCUGAUGCAAUUGGUUCUGAGGACACUACACCAACGUUCAGUAAGACUAGGAAUGAUGUCAAUGAAGGAUUCGAAUCAGUUCGUCUUGACAUUAGUUUCAAGUCUCCUACACACACUGGACUUCUGACAACUGGCCUGGUUAAAGAUCUUACUGAGCGAUUUCCGGCUGUUACGCCUCUUGCUUUGGUGCUAAAACAGUUCUUGGCUGACCGUAGCUUGGACCAGUCUUAUUCAGGUGGUUUAAGCUCAUAUUGCCUGAUAUUGUUGAUCACACGUUUUCUGCAGCAUGAGCAUCAUCACGGCCGACCUAUAAAUCAAAACUAUGGAAGCCUCUUGAUGGAUUUUCUGUAUUUCUUUGGGAAUGUCUUUGACCCACGGCAGAUGCGUAUUUCAGUACAGGGAAGUGGGGUAUAUUUAAAUAGGGAACGUGGGUGCAGUAUCGAUCCACUUUACAUUGAUGAUCCUCUAUUUCUGACAAAUAAUGUUGGGAGAAAUUGUUUUCGUAUACAUCAAUGUAUUAAGGCAUUUGCCGAUGCUUAUGCAAUGCUGGAGAGUGAGCUCACAUGUCUGCACAACGAUGACAAGGAUACGAAGCCUACAUGUAAACUGCUUCCAAAAUUAAUUCCAAGCAUUGGUCUUUUGGUCGAGUCCUAAUAUGGCAAAAGUGGUAAGGUGUCUACAAAAGCCUCUCCAUACUCCGAAUCACCAGUAUACUUUCACUACUGCUUCCAACUAUACACAACCUUUCCCGUAAAAUAGUGGAAAUAUUAAGUAAAAUAUUCUUCUUGUUUGGUCGAAGAGUAAAAUGCUAGGGUAAAGUAGUUUGAGGGGGAAAAUGGGAGUAUUUUUUCCAUUUUAAACUGGGAAAAAAUGUUUUCCCAACAAAAAGGUGAGGAAAUCUGCGUAGAAUUGAAGUGGGUAUACUAUUAUUGCGCCGGUUUUCCAGAGUUUCGGCUCGGGCUCU